GUGGGGGCGGAGCUACUAAAGCGCCGGCUCGCGCUCAGCGGAAGUGGCUGUUGGGGGCUUUAAGGUGGCUUUAAAUUCCCGCCGUCUGGAAGGCUCUGCCGGGUCGGUUGGGGUUGGCUUCGCGCGCCGGAUGGCGGUGGACGUGAAGUCGCGAGCGAAGCGUUAUGAGAAGCUGGACUUCCUCGGGGAGGGACAGUUUGCCACGGUUUACAAGGCCCGAGACAAGAACACCAACCAAAUUGUCGCCAUUAAGAAGAUUAAACUUGGACAUAGAUCAGAAGCUAAAGAUGGUAUAAACAGAACAGCUUUAAGAGAGAUAAAAUUAUUACAGGAGCUAAGCCAUCCAAAUAUAAUUGGUCUCCUUGAUGCUUUUGGGCAUAAAUCUAAUAUUAGCCUUGUCUUUGAUUUUAUGGAAACUGAUCUAGAGGUUAUAAUAAAGGAUAAUAGUCUUGUGCUGACCCCAUCACACAUCAAAGCCUACAUGUUGAUGACUCUUCAAGGGUUGGAAUAUUUACAUCAACACUGGAUUCUACAUAGGGAUCUAAAACCAAACAACUUGUUGCUAGAUGAAAAUGGUGUUCUAAAACUGGCAGAUUUUGGCCUGGCCAAAUCAUUUGGGAGCCCCAAUAGAGCUUAUACACAUCAGGUUGUAACCAGAUGGUAUCGGGCCCCUGAGUUACUCUUUGGAGCUAGAAUGUAUGGUGUAGGUGUCGACAUGUGGGCUGUUGGCUGUAUAUUAGCAGAGUUGCUUCUAAGGGUUCCUUUUUUGCCGGGAGAUUCAGACCUUGAUCAACUAACAAGAAUAUUUGAAACUUUGGGCACACCAACUGAGGAACAGUGGCCUGACAUGUGUAGUCUUCCAGAUUUCGUGACAUUUAAAAGUUUUCCUGGAAUCCCGUUACAACACAUCUUCAUUGCAGCAGGAGACGACUUGCUAGAUCUCAUACAAGGCUUAUUCUUAUUUAACCCAUGUACUCGAAUUACGGCCACACAGGCAUUGAAAACUAAAUAUUUCAGUAAUCGGCCAGGUCCAACACCUGGAUGUCAGCUGCCAAGACCAAACUGUCCCCUGGAAACUUUAAAGGAGCAGUCAAAUCCAGCUGUAGCAACAAAACGGAAGCGAACACAGGCCUUGGAACAAGAAAUGGAAACAUGUUCACACAAGGAUGUAUGCACAACUGGUCACAGCAUUCCUCAAAUUGGAAACAAACCCGAAUGUCCAUCAACAAAAAAACUGUAUGGUAAGUCCAUACAAUAGAAUAUCUUCAGCAAUAAGAAUGCCUAAUAAUAUGUAACAAUGCCUAAAUAAUAAAUAAGGAAUGCCUGACGUAUGUAACAAUGUAAAUGAAUCUUAGAGCCAUUAUACAAACAGAGGAAGCACAUGCCAUGCGAAAUCCUGGCCAAACUAAUAUACCUAACAGACAACAGAUCCUGGUUGCCUAGGGUGGGUGACAGGCUGACCUCAGGGAGCAUGAGCAAACUCUCCGGGGGUGAUAGAAAAGUCUUCUAUCUUGACUGGAUGAGAUGGUUUGUCAAAACUCAUCAUCCUCACAAUGGUGCAUUUACUGUAUGUAAAUUAUAUCUCAAUAAUAUGAAAAAAAAUUUUAAACAAAUAAGGGACCUUUAUCUGGAUUAGGGGACAAGAAGAGAAAUGUGUUAAUCAGUUAUAAGAAUAUAACUCCUAAAUAGGAAAAUUAUUGGGAUCCCUGGAUGGCUUAGCGGU